AUGGGCUUGGUGCAGAAGAACGACACUCAGUUCCAGGAGGAGAUCGACUUCAUCAUUGACAUAUUCACGUUGGUUUGCGCUCCAUUGACGGUGUUCUUCAAUGCUGUGGUUUUGUACAUCGCCUGUUGCUACAUCGACCUGACGACGCGACUCAACCAACGGUUUGUCAUAAGCAUGAGUGCGGCUGACCUACUGUACGGCAUAGUGUACAUGAGCACCAGACUAUACACGCGCUACUUGCCACGUUGGAUCUGCGGGCCGUACUACGUACUUCUGUGGGCUUGUCAGAUCUCGUCUGUUAUCUUCCUUUUGUUGCUUAACAUCGACAAGUUCAUCAGCAUUCGAUACCCGCUCAAGUACAGCUUGCUGGUCACCGAAAGAUCGGUUCGUACGCAGAAGGCCACCAACCUGGCCUUGUGGAUCUCUGAUAAUGCGACCGGACCGGAAUUGUGA